AUGGUUCGCCGAAAUUUAUUACUUAUCCUUGCUGUUUUAACGUUUAUUCCAAAUAUAUGGAAAAAUAAUAAAUGCACAUGUCAAGUACCAGCGCCCCUUGCGGAACCAGAAGAAGAUUUUCAAGAAGAGAUGGAUUCCGGAUUAGAAGGUGAAACAAAAACAGAACCAAAAGCAGAUGAUGGGAACAUAAAUAAUGGUGGAAAUAAUUUUAAUAAUUUCAAUUAUUUCAAUGGAGGAGAUUUUAACGAUGGUGGUGAUGAUGAUGAUGAUGAUGACGACGAUGAUGAUGAAAUUAUUGAUAACAACAACGAUGAUGGUAAUAAUGAUGAUGAGGAUGUAAACGAUGAUAAUGGAAAUGAUGAUAAUGGAAAUGAUGAUAACGGAAAUGAUGAUAAUGAAAACGAUGAUGAUGGUAAUGAUAAUGAUGAUGUAGAUGGCAAUUCCAAUAAGAGAAACAAAAAAAAAAACAAAAAAGGAAAUAAACAUUAA